CCAGCGACAGGUCGGAACAUCAGUUUAGGUGGACUUUUGUUUAGCGUCAUGAAACUGUUUUUGGCUCUCGCAUUCUGCGUGUUGGCGGCCAGCGCCGUGGAGCAUAAGAUCAAUGGUGAGAACGGUUGGUAUGUGCCCCAGGCUGAUGGCACCUUCGAGUGGGUAGACAAGGAUAUGGCUGAGGCCUAUCUGGCCGCCCAUGCGGAGCGUGAGCGCAGCUUGUUGAAUCCCGUUACCUUCUAUCUGUACACAAAAUCCAACAUGCACUCACCCCAGGAAAUCAAGGCCACCAAGUCAAGCAUCUCCGCCUCGAACUUCAAUCCCAAUAAUCCCACUCGCUUCACCAUCCAUGGCUGGACCUCCAGCGCCGAUGACUAUGUCAACUAUGGUAUCCGCGAUGCUUGGUUCUCGCACGGCGACAUGAACAUGAUCACCGUUGACUGGGGUCGUGCCCGCUCUGUGGAUUAUGCCUCCUCGGUCUUGGCCGUGCCCGGAGUCGGUGAGCAGGUUGCCGACCUGAUCAACUUCCUGCGCACCAACAAUGGUCUGUCCCUGGACAACACGAUGAUCAUUGGCCACAGCCUGGGCGCUCAUGUGUCUGGUUUCGCCGGCAAGAACGUAAAGAACGGUCAGGUGCACACCAUCAUUGGUUUGGACCCCGCCCUGCCCCUCUAUAGCUACGACUCGCCCAACAAGCGUCUCAGCUCCACCGAUGCCUACUAUGUGGAGUCCAUUCAGACCAACGGAGGCACCUUGGGCUUCCUCAAACCCAUUGGCAAGGGCGCCUUCUACCCCAACGGUGGCAAGUCCCAGCCUGGCUGCGGUGUUGAUUUGACCGGUUCCUGCGCCCACAGCCGGUCUGUGAUCUACUACGCUGAGGCCGUCAACCAGGACAACUUCCCCACCAUGCGCUGCGGUGACUACGAGGCUGCCGUCUCCAAGAACUGCGGCAGCACCUACAGCUCUGUGAAAAUGGGCGCCGUUACCAACGCCUAUAUGGUGUCCGGUGACUACUAUGUGCCCGUCAACAGCCAGUAUCCUUAUGGCUAUGGCAACUAGACUGAAUAUGUUUAUUAAACAUUAAAAUUGUAUAGCAAACACUAAAGUUUAUUGAAUUGA